AUGCCUGGCACAGUGGCAGAGGGACCGACGGUCUCCAUGUCCUUUGCCAACAACUUCUGGGGUAAAGACGAUGCGGGCCUCCAACCUAUGCUUGAUCGCAUGCAUGGAUCGAAAACUACGAGUGAUGAAUUGAAAGCCUUUUACAACGUUCGAGCCGCAAUUGAAGAUGAAUAUGCACGAAAAUUACAAGCCCUCUGUCGCAAACCAUUUGGAACAUGCGAGUCCGGAUCCCUCCGCAUGUCGCUUGAUGUGGUCCGCGGAGAGACGGAGGCCAUUGCAAAGGCACACGCAGCAAUUGCUGGUCAGAUGAAAACUGAACUUGAGGAGCCACUGGGCGCUUUCGCCAGUGGAUUGAAGGAACGACGGAAGAUCAUUCAAAAUGGCAUCGAGCGCCUGCACAAGACUAAAAUGCAACAAACACACGUCGUCAACAAGGCUCGUGACCGUUUUGAACAAAAUUGCCUGCAAAUUAAGGGUUAUCUGGCACAAGGUCAUAUGGUUAUGGGCCAGGAGGAGCGCAAGAACAAGUCUAAGCUUGAAAAAACUCAGAUCCAGAUGGCUUCAAACAGCCAGGAGUACGAGGCAGCAGUCAAGGUCCUCGAGGACACCACUGGACGCUGGAACAAGGAAUGGAAGGCAGCCUGUGAUAAGUUCCAAGACCUGGAAGAGGAGCGCUUGGAUUUCACUAAGAGCAGUCUAUGGACCUAUGCCAACAUCGCAUCUACUGUUUGCGUCAGCGAUGAUGCCUCCUGCGAGAAAAUCCGGUUGUCUCUGGAGAACUGCGAGGUAGAGAAGGACAUUUUCAGUUUCAUCCAGGAACGAGGAACCGGUCAAGAGAUUCCGGACCCCCCUCGCUUCAUUAACUUCUGCAAAGAAGAAGAAGAUACAGUAUCUGAAGUCGACUCUGGGGAGGGUUACUCCGUGGCGCAAUUCCAGCGAACCAUGAACCCUGCAUUCCGGACGUCUUCACCACAGCCGUCGACUUACGAGUCCCAUCACGAUCCAGAGUCCGAGCUUGCAGCUCAAUUAGGCCACCCCGCCCCUCCUGCGGCUAGUGUGCCACAGCAAGCUCCCCAGAGUAUGAUGCAAGAACCCCCCGUCCAACGUAUGCCACAGCAGGCGCCGCCACAAAGCAUUCAGCCAGAGCCACCUCUCCAGCGUAUGCCUCAGCAGCCUCCUCCUCAAAGCAUUCAGCAAGAACGACCUCUUCAGCGCAUGCCCCAGCAGCCGCUGCCUCAGAGCAUCCAGCAAGAACCACUUAUCCAGCGGAUGCCUCAACAGCAACCACCUCCCCAAAACAUGCAGCCGGAAUCACCCCUUCAGCGCCUGCCCCCGCAGCAAUCACCCAUGUAUGCCAUGCCCCAGCAGCCUGCUCCACUUGACCUUCGUCGUGGUGGACAGCCGCCACCAAACUACAAUCCUGAGCAGCACGGUGCUAUCAAUGCUGUACCGCACAAUGCAUACCCUACUGACGGCAUGACCAUGUUCUGUCGUACCGGCCCACCUUCAGAGCGCAGCUCGGCUGCCAGCCCAUACAGACCAUCCAGUCGGGAUUCUCAAAGCGAUGUGUCGAAUCCCACAUCCAUGUCCAGUGUCGAAGCCGCCCCGGCUCCAGUUCAGAAAGCGGCACCACCACUUCCCAGUGUCAUGAAGUUGCAAUCCUCUCCAAAGCCCAUCAACAACGCGCCACCAGCAGGUGCUCAGGAUGACAAGAGCUCCAAGAAGAAGAGCGCAUUCUUUAGUAACAGUCCGUUCCGCCGAAAGAGCCGUCACGAUAAGGAGAGACCGGCUAUCGCUGCUACAUCCACUUCGCGGAGCCCCUGGAGCUCGCCCACUAAGCAAUCCACCCCAACCAAGACCGCGUCACCAGCGGCCAUGCAACCCGAACGUCCCUCUGGCAGUCCCGAGCCUGUCGAUCCUCGGGCCAACUUCCAGCUUAAUGUUGGCAACAACGUUUUUGAUGUCGCUUCACCUGACAAGAAUGCUUCUAAGACAGGAUCCCAGGCGGCGACUGCAAAUGAAGAUGAUUCGGAUCCUAUUGCCCGCGCUCUGGCAGACCUGAAGACAACCGGUGGUAAACAGCCUAGCCUGCGCGUAUCGGCCGAUCGUUACCAUGGAAUUUCAACCCCAACUCCUUCAGCACCUUCCUCUACGUAUGGCGGAAACAACGCUGCUGCUGCGCCACCUGCAUAUGACCCUAACGUGAAGCGACUCGGCGCCCCCGAGCCGGCAUUCACGGCAAAGCAGAUGCAAAAGACGACUCAACGCUACACCGGCCAGACUGCAAGCAUGCUUCGAGGUGGAAGCAACAACCCGGCCAUGGCGCCCAGGGAGACGGCGAAACCUCAGGAGGCACCUCGGGCGAGGUCGCCUGCUCCAAGGCGCAGUGCUAGCCCCCAGGUUUCUCCCCGGGUCGACCCUCGCACAGGAUACGGUGGUGGUGGUAAUAGCCCAAGUCCAAGCACUUAUCAAUCCGGCAGCGCUCGUAGCCGCUACAGUGCGUCGCCGACUCCGCGCCGAGCACAAGAACAACCACCAUACUCUCCGAACGAUUACGCUCGAAGGGCGGCUUCCCCGGCUGCUUCGUCGCACCGUGCCGUUUCUCCUCAGCCCCAGUUCAGACAGCAGGUCCGUCCAUCCAGCGCUGGGGGCAUGGAGCUGCAGCUCUCUGCUGGUCAAGAAGACAUGUACGGAAGCGGCAGCCAAUAUGGUGGCUCUACUCGAGGCGAUGGUCGUCCCCGGUCAUACUACGGUGGAAACAACGGUGCCCCGCCUGUCGGUCGCUCCAGAAGCCGCACUGUUGCUGUUGCCGAUCCCGGCCGAAAGUUCAGCCGCGAUGGGCGUCCAAUCCUGCAUUUCGCUCGGUCAAUGUACACUUACACUCCCGCAAUCCCUGAGGAGCUCGGCUUCUCUAAGGGUGAUGUCCUGUCUGUCAUUCGUCUUCAGGAUGAUGGGUGGUGGGAAGCCGAAGUCACCAAUGGCCGUGGGCACCCUGGCUUGGUUCCGAGCAACUACCUGCAGAUCAUCUAG